UCGAUCUUAUCGCGUAACCGCUACACAGGCGCGCCAUUUUUCAGAAUGAGUAAUUUGUAAAUGUUUUACACACACAGUCAUGACGAUUGUGUUUGAUUUGUUUUAAAAGUCGUGUUUCGUUAUUUGAUUCGACAUCUGUUUGUAGUAAAUGCCUCACCAUGUCUGUGGUCACCCCAGCAAAGUCACUUUUUGGACAUCAGUUCGUAGCAUCGCCCGUACAAAGGCUGAAAUUUCGGGACUGUGAUGGCAGCGACAGCCCAGACGAGGAAGCCGAGGAUUCCUCGAUCGACUCGUCAGCCAGUACGGUGGAGUCGGAUUCGAUCUCCAUGUCAAACUCUAAAGAUGACCUAAUGGACUCGAUGGACUCUUCAAUGGAGGGCUGGGAUCCAAGCCUAGGUACACCCAAACACAGUCCUGCAAGCAAAACCAAGAGGAGAUCCCUAGAUAGGUCUCCUCUCAGCCGAUUUUCAAGUCCGGAGACGUCACCGAUGAUGUUUAAAAACCAAGCGCAACCGCGGCUCGCGUUUCGCCCACAGCAGGAGGAGAGCAGCCCGUCCUCAACACCGCCCCACAAACGGCUCCGGAACUUGCGUCUGUUUGACACGCCACACACUCCAAAGUCCCUGAUCGAACGAUCCAGACCGGUCACGGGUUUCAACAGCAGCCACGGGUUCGCAGCGGAGGAGGGGCGGCCCGGCGGCCUGGGCAGCCGCUUGUUUCACGGCAAGUCGAGGAAUGACUUGGAAAACAGGCAGACCAAAUCUGCCCCGCGGAUGGGGGCACCAAACACGAGGCAGGAGGCCAAGCUGGCUAAUGUUAAUCCCUUCACACCUUCGGCAAUGGUUCUUAAUGCAUCCAGGAAGAAACGACAAAGGAGAGAAGGAAUGAGUGCAUUGUGGGAUAUGGACAUGGAUGACCUGGACAACAGCGACGUUGACGUACUUCCAAACCCAUGCAAGAGGAUUGCCCUGCGCGAGACCAACAUUUCCCGCUACAACGAGGAAUUCGUUGAAGUUUGUAAGAUAGGAUCCGGUGAGUUUGGAGCCGUGUAUAAAUGCAUCAACAGGCUGGAUGGCUGCUUCUAUGCCGUCAAGAAAUCUAAGAAUCCCAUCGCUGGCUCAGCGUUUGAGCAAAUGGCAUUGAAUGAAGUGUACGCACACGCAGUUCUUGGGACGCACGUGCAUGUGGUACGGUACUAUUCUGCCUGGGCGGAGAACAACCACAUGAUCAUACAGAAUGAAUACUGCAAUGGAGGAAGCCUGGCAGAUGUCCUCUUCCAGAACCAACAACGAGGGCAGCAUUUCUCGGAGCCAGAGCUGAAGCAGCUGCUGUACCAGGUAGCACAAGGGUUGCGAUAUAUCCACUCACAGGGACUGGUGCAUCUAGACAUCAAGCCAGGAAAUAUUUUCAUAUCAAAGAAAGAAAUUGUCAACGGGGAUCCUUCUUCACCCAGAGAUGGUUACCAUGACAACAGCCCCGAUGAAGACAUAGAGAAUCCGUUACUGACUGGGCAAAACCCAACCGUCUACAAAAUCGGUGACCUUGGUCAUGUGACCUCUCUGGCCAAUCCAAAGGUAGAAGAGGGUGACGUCAGGUAUCUGCCAAAUGAGAUUCUUCAGGAGGAGUACUCCAACCUGACCAAGGCAGACAUCUUCGCCCUGGCUCUAACCAUCUUCGUUGCAGCCUGCGGGGAACCGCUGCCCAAGAACGGUGACCUGUGGCACAAGAUCCGGAAAGGGUGGCUACCACGCCUGACGCAUUGCUCCGAAGUUUUCAACCAACUGCUUGUAACAAUGAUAAAUCCCAAUCCUACUGAAAGGCCCUCAGCAUCGGCACUGGCACAUCAUCCCGUGCUCUGCCCAAACAAAUCCUACACACAGCUCAAAAAGGAACUCAAUGCGGCCAAGUUCCAGAAUGCUGUCCUAUCAAGGGAACUCCAACAAGCUAGGGAUGCAACGGAACAAGACGUCCUGAAGCCAAUGUCCAAGACCAACUCGAGACUCAUCGGCAAGAAGAUCAACAGGAGUAUGAGCCUGACCAUCUACUGACACAACUGCAAAUCCAGAGAAUCCUGAGGCUGCAGCCAGUGAUAAGAUUUGUUGCAUCGGUUUGGUCAUGAGUUGCAUCGUAAUAUGCUUCUGUAAUCACAUGAAUCCCAUGAAAUGAAAAUUGGUUUUGCCAUCAUUUCUCAAAAAGGUCAUUGUGACACGGGAGACUUAAAGGUUUGCAUGGUGGACAUGAUCAAGGAAUGCAAGGGUUGGGGUAACACCAAAUAAUAUUUCUUUAGAGAUUUCUAGUGCUGAGAAG